AUGGAAGCAAAUUUCAAUCAAGUGUGCAGUCGGCUGUUCUACAGUGGUCUCCUCGUUGCCAUGGUAACAGAUAGAGACGGAGUGAUUAUCCUGAAAAGUGUUUCUGACAAAGCAAAGGAGAGCAUGAGUGAGCCCAUCAUACCAACCACUUUUUCCAUAGCUAACAAUCAGGCUUCAAAGCUCGGACUUGCUCAUAAUAAAAGCAUCAUUAGUGUUUAUGAACAAUAUCAAGUCAUUCAGCUGGAUCAAUCGCCAUUAAUCAUCACAUUGGUAGCAGAUUCUACGGCCAAUACAGGGCUUUUCAUGAAUCUGGGUAAUGAUUUGUUGAAAUUUACGGAACCAUUGAUCGAUGCGAUGAAUGAGUGA